AUGUCAUCGCAAAAAGCAGAGUUCAUUAAAGUGCCCACCGAUAACUCGGAUGGCUUCCAGACAAUGCCAACAGAGCCCUCAAGACGGCUGUCGGAAUCGGAGUUGCGUAUUGAGAAAUGCACGCCUGAUGAUGCUGAGAAGAUCGCCGAAGGUCUCUACCUCUGCUUCCCAGAAGACUGGUGGGCAAAGAAAGAGCCACCCGAGCUGCGCCCAAAGGGCGAGAACAGCCUCCAGAUCCGGACCCAACGCAUGGCCCAACGACUAACCCCCGCCAUAACCGAUCCCCACCACACCUUCAUGAAAGCCGUCUAUACCCCCACCGGCGAAACCGUAGGAAUAGCAGGCUGGACACUCCCCACCAACCCCUCCAUUCACAAUCUCUUCCGACGCAGCGCCGCGACGCAUUACUCCUGGGCAGAACAGCAAUCCUGGACCGACGCCGAUCUCGAUCUCAUGUGGUCGCACGUCAGCAACGAGAAUUGGAGCGAGCGCUUCGGCAAAGACGAUGAGGUAAGGAGGGAGGCGACGGGCGGGGAAAGGCAUUGGUAUCUUGCGCCGUUGCUUACGUGGCCGGAGUGGCAGGGGAGGGGUGUGGGGAAGAGGUUGAUGGAGUGGGCGUUGGGGCAGGCGGAUGCAGAGGGGGAGGUUGUGUAUUUGGAGAGUAGACCGAGUGCGAGGGCGGUGUAUUUGCAUGCGGGGUUUGUGGGGUGUGGGGAGUGGAAUAUGAUUAGGUGGCCGAAGGGGAGGGAGGGGGGAAAGGGGGAGGGGGAGGGGAAGGGGGAGGUUGUGGACGCCAAGGGAGCGAUUUGA